AUUUCCCGGCAUGCAGCGCGGCAGGAUUCCCCCUCACAGCCGUCACAUCCAGGCGGACAGCAGUGAUGGCGGCCGGUUAGACUCACACGUAAACACCGCCUUCAAGUCGCCGCUCUCCGCUAAGCGCUCAGGGGCAGCCGGCCUCUCUCACGGCGGCGGUGCCAGCGCGGCAAGUACCCGGCGGAGACGCGCGAAGCCUUCGGCGCACUUUUUUUGGGAAACCGGUUAAAUAAUCAUUAAAUACAAACGGCGCCUCACGUUCGAACAAAAACCGAAUCAUGGACGAACACCCAGGCGGAGGAGGAGCGGCCUCCCCGCGGCCGCCGCCGCUGCAGCAGCACGGGAGCAACCCCGGACCUCCCAUCGGAACGGUCAUGGUGCCUCAGCAGACAGACGAGCUAGCCCGGCCGCAGCAGCAGUACACCAUCCCCGGGAUUCUACACUACAUCCAGCACGAGUGGGCCCGGUUCGAAAUGGAGAGAGCUCACUGGGAGGUGGAGCGGGCCGAACUCCAGGCCCGGAUAGCGUUCCUGCAGGGAGAGAGGAAGGGCCAGGAGAACCUGAAGAACGAUCUGGUUCGAAGAAUCAAGAUGUUAGAAUACGCUUUAAAACAGGAACGAGCGAAAUAUCACAAGUUAAAAUAUGGAACGGAGCUGAACCAAGGAGAGAUGAAGAUGCCAAGCUUUGAAUCAGACACCAAAGACUCGGAGGUGUCGGCGGUUCCCGCCAACAGUCAGCUGACGUGGAAACAAGGACGGCAGCUUCUCAGACAGUACCUCCAGGAAGUCGGAUACACGGACACCAUCCUGGACGUCCGCACGCAGAGAGUCCGCUCUCUGCUGGGCCUGUCGGGGUCUGAGCAGAACGGCGCCGUGGAGAACAAGAACCUGCAGCACCUCAUCAACGGGACGGAGCGCUGCAAAGACGGGAAGAGGAUUCCCAGCGACGACCUGGAGACGUUCAACUUCCUGGAGAACGCGGAGGACAGCGACGAGGACGAGGAGGGAGACCUGAUGGACGACAUCGGCGCCGACAAACACCGCAGAGCCAAAAAGCACAAAACCAAGGUGGGGAACGAGGGUUUGGCCAACGAGGACGAAGCCGACACGGAGGAGGUCAUGAAGGAGUUCGACUUCCUGGUGACGGCGGAGGACGGCGAGGGGGCGGGGGAGGCCCGGAGCUCCGGAGACGGGACGGAGUGGGCAGAGCCGCUGCCAUUUCCCAGCAGUGGCGGCAAAUCCUUCCUGCUGGGGGGUUCAGAGGACGCCCUGGAAAACAUGCUGGGCCUGGGCGACCUCGCCGACAUCUGCGUCACCAACGACGAAGUGGACUUUGGCUACGAUAUCUCUUCCAGUAAGGAGUCUUCCUUCAGGAAGACGUGGAACCCCAAGUACACGUUGCGGAGCCACUUCGACGGCGUCCGAGCCUUGGCGUUCCACCCCGUGGAACCUUGUCUAGUCAGCGUGUCGGAAGACCACACCCUCAAGCUGUGGAACCUCACCAAGACCGUCCCCGCCAAAAAAAGUGCCUCGUUUGAUGUGGAGCCCAUCUACACUUUCAGGGGUCACGAAGGCCCGGUGUUGUCAUUGGCGAUGACCUCCAGCGGUGAACAGUGUUUCAGCGGCGGCAUCGACUCCACCAUCCAGUGGUGGAACAUCCCGAGCUCCAACGUCGACCCGUAUGAUACCUACGACUCCAGCGUCCUGGCAGGCACGUGGGCGGGGCAUACCGAUGCCGUGUGGGGAUUGGCUUACAGCGGCAUCAAGAACCGCCUCCUCUCCUGCUCGGCCGACGGGACGGUGAAGCUAUGGAACCCGGCGGCCAAAGAGCCCUGCACCAGCACUUUCAACACAGACCAGGAACACGGCAUCCCCACGUCAGUGGACUUCAAUGGCUGUGACCCCGCCCACAUGGUGGCGUCCUUUAACGGAGGAGACGUGGCCAUCUACGACCUGGAGACCUCGCAGACGGCUGUGGUGCUGAAGGGGCAGGGAGACGGCACCGCCGCGUCUCUGAACCACAUCAACAAAGUGGUGAGUCAUCCCACGCUGCCCAUCACCAUCACGGCGCACGAGGACCGCCACAUCAAGUUCUUUGAUAACAAGACAGGUAAACUCAUCCACGCCAUGGUGGCUCACCUGGACGCCGUGACCAGUCUGGCUGUAGAUCCCAACGGCAUCUAUCUGAUCUCAGGCAGUCACGACUGCUCGCUGCGUCUGUGGAACCUGGACAGCAAAACCUGCGUCCAGGAGAUCACCGCCCACCGGAAGAAGAGCGAGGAGGCCAUCUACGACGUCACCUUCCACCCCUCCAAGGCCUACAUCGCCUCCGCUGGCGCCGACGCCCUCGCCAGGGUCUACGUGUAAAGGGGGAGGAGUCGAGGAAGACGGAAACUGGCGAUCUCCGCCCAGAUUCAGGUUCCUGAGCGCAGAAGAAACGGUAAAACUGAAGAACAGGAGGUAUAGAACACCUAUCCAAAGGGGCGGAGCCACGAGUCCCACCUGCAUCUGACUGACAGCUGCUGAAACACCUGCAGGGGGCGCCGUUCCCACAGACUCCUCCCCUCUCCAGCUUGAAGGAAAAAUCCCUCCAGCUCCAGUUUGGCAGAAGUCUUUCGUUUGCUCUCAGCGUGGCUGUGCAUCAGAGGCUGGAACGUUCGAAUCCCGUUUGACAGAUUUUUAAGCUGAAAUUCUUCCUGAAGUUUGAUGUUUUUCAGUAAGUAUUAACCCAAACGUUGAGGUUCUGAGCAGCAGAACGCCGGUUCUGGGGGGGAUUUUUCCCGGUCUGGACCCGCCGGAUCAUCUCCUGUUCGAAGUCGCCGCGGUUUCUCUCAGCUUCAGGUUUUUCCUACAUCUGUACGAAAGCUUUAGGAAAACAAACACCACAAACUAAUUUUUUAACGUUUGUACAGUUUUUAAGCCGUUUGAAUGCAGAGACGACAAAAGGAACAGAAGCUGCGGAUGGGGGAGGAGGCGUGUCAGCCCGGGACGGGCCAAUCAGAGCCCUUCGUUUAACGCCUAGUGAUAUAUAAAGAGCGAGAGAGUCACAUGAUCAGCGUUACUGUAGUUACAUAAUUUUAUUUGUGUGAGAUAAAUCUAGUUUUUAUAGUCCUUUUAUACAAACAUAACCAGGAGCGAGGAGGAUUUUUGUUUUUCUUUUUCUCCAAACAUCCUGGCGCUCACAAACCCCGCCCACCUGCCAUUGCACAGCGACUCUGAAUGCUCGCCGCCAUCCAGAUUGGAGACGUGGUGUCAACGAGGACAUGGUUUUUAUUGAAGGUUCUGAAGGAGAACACGAGGCACCAGUCGCGGAAAUAUCACAAAUAUUUUUAUCAAAACAAAACGUCGACGUUUAAAGAUUUUCAAAAGCCGUCAUGAACUGUAAUGAUUCACUAACCGUCACCUGGACUCCAGGUGAGGAGAAUUUUCCCGCCUUCUUCAUUUCUUCCUGCGGCUCCAGCUCAUGAAAUCAUGGAGGCUUUUAUUCUGCCGCUCAGGAAGUGGCACGUUUGCGCUCCAGCAGAAGCUGCCGCCUGAUUGGCUGAGAGCCGCUCUCUACAGUGUUGUUUGUUCUGACCCAGUUUGAUGUUUUUGUUUACUUUUUUUUUUUUAACUUCGGUGGAUAAAACCCAUUUCAGCAACGCUAAGAUCAACUCGGUACCUCCGUCCUGUUUGUGUUUGCAUGAGUGAUACCAGACAGUUUUUUUUCUAGUCUUCCCAAAAAAAAAAGUGAAACAUUAAAGUUCUGCUCAUUUGCAGGUUUGGACUUUUGUUUAUAAAGUAUGAACAAACUUUAAAGACUCACCAUGCAGUUCAGCUGUUCAAAUGUAUAUAAAAUGUCUAUGAUAAUUAUUAAAUGGUGUACAUGAACACUUUA